AUGAUCACGGUCUGCGACUCAUCCGACUCGUCCGAUUCCGACUCUGACUCGUCGUCGGACAGCGGCUCGUGCUCUGGUCAUAAACAUCAUAAAAAACAUCAUAAACACGAGGACAAAAAGCAUGGCAAACACGAUCAUAUUGUGUACGUACCCGUGCAGACACCCACCCGCGCGCCCACAGUUAUCUAUCGACCCCUUCCCGUUCAAACUUCGGUUGUACGCGUAGAGUUUGAUCUGAUCACUCUACUCAUUGACAACGGGUUUGGCCAAGUGGUCCAAGACUAUCAACAAUCGUUGGUUACUCUGGGCACUAAUAUGCGCAGCUAUUUUACCUCCAUAUACAUGGAUGCGGACAACUUUGACUUCUAUAUGAACGGCGAUAUGGCAGACAUGUUGGACUCGUUGGGUCGCGGUUUGGCUGAGUUCCGCGCCAGACUUCGGGACCAGUCGUCCGACAUUGUAUACCAUUGCAAGUUUGUGGAGGAUGUGCUAGGUCAAUUGAGAGACUACACUCGUCAAACGUUUAGCAUUGUGGUGACUAAAGAGCGCGAGACAAAACACUGUAGCGUUUUUAGGGACACCAAACUGGCCGACACUCUAGUCACUUUAUCGGGCAAUUUUGGACAGUAUAUCACCGACGAUAACGAUCACGCUUUCCAUCGGGUGCUCAACGGUUUCUACUCAGACAUUGACAACGCUCUCAACCGCGCCCUAAACGCACGGGUGGUUCGCGUGAGCGCCGGUAGACAACUGCCCGUUCAGUACUCGUAUCUCCAGGACUUUAGCACCGCCUGGAAUCGUGUGUUCGAUCGUAUCAAGGUCACUUUCUACAAAGAUCAACCCACAGCCUGUGCUUUCUAAAAUACUUUAAUCAUGUUUUUGUUAUUAAUUAAAUUGAAAAUAAAAAUAUUUGUUAAUUUGCUUUUUAUGACAAACAAA